ACGUGUAAACUUUUUUUUCUGACAAACCCCCCGAUCUUUUCGGUUAGCCUAGGAUAAUUCUGUAGAAUGCAGAUCAACUAAUUUAGCCUAAACACCUGCAAUAAAGAGGGGAAAUACCACCAGCAACGUCUCUCUCUUCUCAUCUUAAAAGUAAGGACAGAUUUCUCUCUCGAUCUCUCCAACCUUUGAUCUCCACACCACUCUCACUCUCCUUUGCUAUCGAAAAUGGUUGAGAUUUGUGCCAAGGCUGCCGUAGGUAACCCUGAAGAACUUGGAGACUGUCCUUUCUGCCAAAGGGUUAUUGUCACUUUGAAGGAGAAGGACGUAGAUUACCAGCUCAACCUCAUCAACUUGGAUGACAAGCCCCAAUGGUUUAUAGACGAGUGUCCUUCAGGAGAGGUGCCUGCAAUGAAGCAUGAGGGCCGUUGGGUCGAUGAUGUUCAGAUAAUUAUUGGGAUGAUUGAGGAAUGGUACCCUGAACCUCGUCUCGCAACUCCUGAUGAAUUUGCUGAAGCGGAACAUAGAUUCCAGAAUCUGUAUGGGUACUUUGUGGGAUUCCUCCAGAGCCAGGAUCCCAAUGAUGGGACACUGCAGGGUCUGCAAGAAGAACUGAACGCAUUGGACGAGCAUCUUGGGGAAAAUGGUCCAUUCAUUGCUGGAGAGGAUUUCACUGCUGUUGAUAUAAACGUGGUACCAUUACUGGUGAAUUUUAUAGUGGCUUGUAACCAUUUCAAGGAUUAUAAUUUCUUUGAAGAUAUGCCCAAUAUUCGUACCUACUGCGAGUCGAUGUGGUCAAGGUCAUCUAUUACGGACACCACUCCCGCAGAUGAAUAUAUUAUUGCAGGAUGGGAGCAAAAACUCAAUCGCAUGGUUGAGAUUUGUGCCAAGGCUGCUGUAGGUAACCCUGAAACUCUUGGAGACUGUCCUUUCUGCCACAGGGUUGUUGCCACUUUGGAGGAGAAGGAAUUAGAUUACCAGCUCAACCUCAUCAAUUUGGAUGACCAGCCUGAAUGGUUCAUAGACGAGAUUCCUUCGAGAGAGUUGCCUGCGAUGAAGAAUGAACAUGGCCAUUGGAUCCUUCAAGCUGAAGAGAUUUGUCGAAUAAUUGAGGAACUUCACCCUGAACCUUCUCUCGACACUCCUCCUCAUCUAGUAGGAGUGGGAUGCAAUAUUUUUGGGAACUUUGAGGCAUUCCUCGAGAGUGAUGAUCCCGAUGAUGGGACAGAACAGGCUCUGCUUGAUGAACUGGAGGCAUUCGAUGAGCAUAUUAGGGAAAAUGGCCCAUACAUUGCUGGAGAGGAUGUCACUGCUCUUGAUUUCAGCUUGACACCAGGACUGUUGCAUGUGCCGGUGGCUCUUCCCCAUUUCAAGAACUGGGAAAUCCCUGAACAUUUGACCCAUGUCCGUGGCUACCUUGAGUUGAUGUUGUCAAGGCCAUCGUUUGAGAAGACCACUCCCGAAGAUCAAUAUAUUAUUGCAGGAUGGGAGCAGAAACUCAACUGCUAGGGUUUAGAUUGUAAGGCCGGUCUGUUGAAGUUUACUUAUGCUAAGCAAUGUGUGAUACUUCUGGCCUUCUGCUAUGAAUGUCCAACAUGGUGGCUAAACUAGUCAUUCUUUCCCAAUCCCUAAAUAAAUGUAAUAAAUCUCUAUCAUCAGCUAUGUAUUCCUUGGUAUUUUGACAACACUGCAAAGUCUCUGGAUCAGUUUCAUCCAUGUUAUUGGGCCAAAUUAAUCUGGGCCCAAUAAGCAGUCUGGUGACCACUUUC